AUGACCCUGCGGCGGCGGCGGCGGCGGCUCCGGCCGAAGGACGAUGCGGUGGCGGCGGCGGCGGCCCCGGAGAGCCCCGGCCCCGCCGAGCUGUACCGGGCGCUGGCGGCGGCCGGCGGGACCCUGCCCCGCGUGCGCAAGGACGCAGGGUUCAGGUGGGCGACCCCCAGCCAGUCCCCGGAGGAGCACAGGAGGGUGGUGACGCUGGAGAAGAAGGCAGAGGAGUCUUUCGGCUUCGAGAUCCAGACCUACGGGCUGCACCACCAGGACAGGAACAGCGUGGAGAUGUUCACCUUCGUGUGCCGCGUGCACGGCGGGAGCCCGGCCGAGGCCGCGGGGCUCAAGGCUGGGGACACGAUCACGGGGGUGAACGGGCUGAACGUGGAGGGCGUCCGGCACCGGGAGAUCGUGGAGAUCAUCAAGAGCUCAGGCAACGUGCUCCGGCUCGACACGCUCUAUGGGACGUCCAUCCGGAGGGCGGAGCUGGAAGCCCGGCUGCAGUACCUGAAGCAAACACUCUAUGAGAAGUGGGGGGAGUAUCGCUCGCUGAUGGUGCAGGAGCAGCGGCUGGUGCGGGGUGUGGUGGCCAAGGAUCCCAGUAUCUACGACACGCUGGAGUCCAUCCGCUGGUGCCUGCAGGGGGAGGGGGGGCUGCCGGGGGGCUCCUCCCGCGCCAGCGGCAGCGACGACUCCCUGUACCAGACCUGCGUCUUCGCCUCCGCCGACUCGCUGGAUGGGGACAAGGACAAGGAUGGGGACAAGGACAAGGAGGGGGACAGUGGGGGUCCCGCGCCCCCCCCGCCGCGCCCCCGGCCCGCCCUGGCCCGCAGCGCCAGCCUCAAGUGUGCCGGGGGUGUGGGGGCCGCGGGGCGACUUUGGGCCCGGGCCGGGGACCCCGGGGAGGGGGCGGCCGCCCCCCGCAAGGGCCGACACAGCAGCUUCCGCCGCCGGCUGCUCAAGUUCAUCCCGGGACUGAACCGGGCACUGGAGGAGGAGGAGAGUCACCUCUAGCCGGGGGUCCCCACCCCCCCAGGACUAUUUAUUUAUUUAUUCCAAGGGGAUUCAUCCCCCCAUCCCCGGGGGAAGGAGGUUUGGGUUGGCCCCAGGGGUCCCGGUUUGGCCCCCCCCAGGCCGGGGGGGUCCUGACACCGAGGGACGGACGUGACACCGAGGAACGGACGUGAGGACCCUCCCGAAACGGCUCACGGAGCCGUUGCUGCUCUCAGGAAUCGGUGCCCUCCUCCCUGUGGGCACUGGGGGGCCCUGCGUCCCCCAGGUUUGGGGGGCUGGGGGGGCCCCGCCCCCCGCCCCCCCGGGGCUGUUGUACCGCGCCAGCGCUCGCCAAUACAGAGACGUUUUGCA